GGGGGCGGGGCUUCAGGCUCGGGCCCCAGUUCUCCACCCCACCGUCCACGGCUGCCCUCGGUGGCCCGCAGUGGCCCACGGGGGCCGCACGGGGGCGCAGCCCGCAGCCUGGAGGUCGUAGAAGGAGGCGUCGCCGAAGCCGCCACUGCCGAAGUCGCAGUCUCCGCCGCCGCCGCCGCUUCCACUUCCGUGUCUGGGCUGGCUUUGUGCCGCUGGCCUUGGGUCGACCAACGGGAGGGAGGGAAGCCUCGGCCCGGGCUACCCUGCCUCGGCUCAGCUCUCCACGCUCUGUCGGGCCCCCGUUCCAAAGCCGGUAGGGGCCUCGGCUCCGGGCCGGGGCAGGAGACCCUGUGGAGGCGGGGACGCAGAUUUGAAUAGUACUGUGGCCUAAUAAUUAGGACAGUUGGUGGGAGCAAUGGAAGGCAGCAAGGCAGAAGAGGUGCUGGAUAUUCUCAGACUUAAUGUGGGAGGCUGUAUUUAUACAGCCAGGCGUGAGUCCUUGUGCCGCUUUAAGGAGUCGAUGCUUGCAUCUAUGUUCAGUGGACGAUUUCCUCUAAAGGUGGAUGAAUCUGGGGCUUGUCUUAUUGAUCGUGAUGGAAAUCUGUUUAAGUACCUUUUGGAUUAUCUUCAUGGGGAAGUUCGAAUUCCUAAAGAUGAGCAAACUCGAAUUGCACUGCAGGAGGAGGCUGAUUACUUUGGCAUCCCUUAUCCUUACAGUUUAUCUGACCACUUGGCCAAUGAAAUGGAGACAUAUGCUUUAAGGUCAAAUAUAGAACUUAAAAAGGCUUUGACAGACUUUUGUGAUUCCUAUGGGUUAGCCUGUAACAAACCUACUGUUUGGGUUCUACACUAUCUCAGCACAUCUGGUGCAAGCUGUGAGAGUAGAAUUAUUGGUGUUUAUGCUACAAAAACAGAUGGAACUGAUGCUAUUGAUAAACAGCUAGGAGGAAGAAUUCGUAGUAUUUACAAAAGAGAGGCUGGAAAUAAUGUGCAGUACAUUUGGAGCUAUUAUUCAGUAGCUGAAUUGAAGAAGAUGAUGGAUGCCUUUGAUACUUGGGAAGGUGAAGGUGUCAGCUACUGGCGUGUUCCACAGGAAUUGAUAGAAUGUUGGACUCUUGAAGAGCGACCUUUACAGGGAAAUCUUCGUCACAUGGCUCCAAUUAGAAAAAGGCGCUUGGUAGCCUUGAAUGAAGAGGAAGAAGAUGGUGUGAACUGUAAAGCAGGACCUAAACCCAUUAGAUUUUUGGGUCCUUCAACAAGUACACAUAUAAAAGUCAAGAAUUCUGCUUCAGUAAAGGUGGUUACAUCUAAUACUUCAAAAACCUCUUCUCAGAUAACAAUUAAAAGGCCCAGUAGUGGCAGUCAUUUAGUUCGAUGCCAUACAGUGUCAAAAAUCAUACCUGACCCUGGCAUUGCAAUAUCUGUGAAUUCACAGACACCUUGUGGAACUGGAAGUGCAGAAAAUGGUGAAACACAUACAUCUCCAGUGAAGGCUUCCCUCUCAGAAAAGAAGCCGGCCUCUACUCGAGUGAUCAAAUUGAAACGGACUCCUCUGUGUACUGUAACACCUUCUCAGCUCUCCUCACCAGGAUUGAAUAAACCAAACCACCCUGAAACCUCUUCUGCUGAAAUACCCCAUACUUCCAGUGUAUGGGCUCAAAAUGUGAAAAAUGAGAAUAACUAGCAGUGACCAGUGGUGGAAUGAAAAUUUCUUGUCUUUAUUCCUUAGAGCUUCUAACCCAUAUGGUACGAUGAAGUUAAUAAGUAUCUUCGGAUACAGUAGUGGUGGAAACUGAAAAUUUGAGAGUUCCUGGGGAAUUUGUGGACAAUAGGAGUUUUGGCUGAAGGAUUAAAUGGUUAGGACUGAUUUAUUGUUUUUAAAAUUGCUCAACAUUUAGUUAUUUACAUAGGCAUAGUUAAGAAUAUCAAUUUUAUUAAUAAAUGCUGGAUUUGUUUUAAUAUCUUAUGGCACAAAGGCAAGAAAACAGCAACUAGUCAUCAAAUAAUCUUUGUCCUAAGGCAAAAAAUGAUAAACCUAAACUUUGAUUGGGACUAGAGGCACAUUCAUAUUUUCAUAUUUGUUGAAGAUCAGGGCUUGGAGUAAAUCACAGCUUUAAUGGACAACAGUUUAUAUCCAUACUACUAUAUUCUUUGUUAGUCAAGAGAUUGGAAAGUAAAAUGUAGAAUUUUUAGUUUGAUCAAGUAGAAAUAACCCCCAUCCAUUUGAGGCCAAAGGACAGGAAAAUAUGGGGAGAGAGAACUCUAUAAGACAAUACUUCAAGAUCAUACCUUAUCUCUUGAAAUUUAAAAGAAGUGUGCUCUCUUUGUCCUUGUUUCUCUCUUUGUUUCUAUCUCUCUCUUUCAGACACACACAUACACACAUGUAGUUGGCUUUUCUUACUGUUUUCCUUUUGCAAUCUGGUUGGAUUUAAAUGUAAGAGGAAUUAUUAGGAUAUAAUUCUAGGGAACUUCUUUAGAAUGAUUUGAUAAAAUCGUUUUCUCUUAUUUUGGUUAACAGGAUUUUUUUUUUACCUUUUGGAAGCUCUUUGAAACAAUAGAAGUUGAAGUUUAUAUUUUAAAAUAAAGUAAUAUUUUUCAGAAAUGAUCAAACACUAAAGGAAGACACUCAUACAACAAAAUUUGUAUGCAUAUAACUUUUCUCAUGGGAAGAAGAAUUUAAGAUUUUUUAAAAUAGAAUAUUUGGAUUAAUCAUCUAUUUUUCCAUAAAUAUUCAGUUGCAUAUAUUUUACUUUUACAUUUUUUAUUUUCUAUCUGAACUCUUUCUGUUGUCAACAAAUAGUAUACCUUUGUGUUUUUACAACUAAUUUCAUAAAACAAUACUUUCUACUUCAUUACUCAUCAGAAUUUGAUUUUUUUGAUUGAUCUGAAAAAAUAAGCUAAAGAUCCUUAAGAGAACUAAUUUUACAAAAAAUAAAAUAAAACUUUUCCAGAAAAAGAAAUUGUGAUGAUUUUUUGUGGAUGUGCAUUUUCUAGGACUCAUUGCCCUUUAAUAGUAAUUACAAUGAUAUAGAUUUAGGAACUUUUGACUUUGAAUAAUGCAGCAAAUAAUUAAACAUGAAUAGAGAAGUAUGCUACUAUCACAAUAGAUUAUAUUUACAUAUGCCAAAGCCUUGGGGUUUUCUUUGGCUAGAAUUUUUAAUAGGCAUGGAAUAUUGAAGAUCUAUGACAUUAUUGCCACAAAAUGACAUUCUUUCAUAUUCUAUAUGUUUAAAACAUCCAGUCCUUGAAAAAAAUACUCUUGAUUUCAAAUACUGUUUAAAAAAUACUACAUUGGAAUUUAUUCAGAAAUUUAAAGACUAUAUUGAGUUCUAAUAUUUAUCAGGAAGGGCCAGUAUUGAGAGACAUAGAUUGUAUAUAUUGCUAACAAGUCAGUUGUUUAAUAAAGACCAGUUGCAACUGUGUAGAAGGUCUGUUGCUUAAAGGACAAAAGAUACUUGAAUUGUCUAACAAUCCUGUGCCUUUUUUGUUAAGUAUGUAAAACGAAGCCGGCGUCUAAUAACCCUUCAUUUGUGUUCCUCUGAGAAUUUGGUUUGGGGCAGAAUGUAAAAGGAGCUUGAAGAAAGCAGGGUUAAGGACUGGAUAGUUAAAUCUAGUACCAGGAAACAAGGUCAAAUGGAGGGUGUUGAUUUUACUAAGUUUUUUCUAUCUUGACAUGAUCAUUUCAUAAAACAAAAACUCCCAUAACAACAAAGUACAAAGAUUUUUAAUUAAACCAGAUAUACUUCACAAAUGUCUGUGACUUUGUAAGGACAUUGGACGAGUGUGUGGUUGGCUUAGCACAAUCCAACACCAUUACUGGGAAAAUGACCUGAAAGCACAUCGUCUUGAUUGCAGGUCAUUGAUAUUUUCAUUUUGUGUGUUUCCACAGAAACCCUUCAGUUUGUCAGAUGACUGAAACUGUAGCAAUAAAAUGCACAUGUCAGUAUUUUUCAGGACAAAAGUAAUCUUAAUUUACCUUGUUCUCUUGGAAUUUAUAUUUUGAGGAAUGAUUUACACAGAUAAAGGAGAUGAUUUGGAGUUAGCAAAAACAAGUUAAGAAAAGUUGUAAUUUUUGGUACACUGAGAUCUGUCAUUAAGUCAGAUUAAACAAACUAUCUCAGUUCAGCAAGAAAGACUAAAAAGAAGUAAAAAACUCAUUUUUGUCAUGUAUUAAAAAAGAUUCCAAAUUAUUAUCUAUGUGGUCCUUUACUUAUCUUUUGCUGAAGUAAUCACUAUAAAUAACUGCACAAUAGUUCAAGAAAGAAAUGCUGUUCUAAAUAAAAACUAAGUAGGAGACAGUGCAGAAAUCCAACACUGCCUCUUUAAUGAUAGUUUUGACCAAGUUUUGGUUAUACGCUGACUGGGUGAAUUGUGUUGAUGUACAUCCAUGUUUGGGACAGUUAGGUCAACACAAUAGCAUGUCUCAGAAUCAAAGCAUUCCAGUUUUAGACUUGGAUUGUCUAGACCAUUAGUUGAGGAGUUUUCUAAUACUCUGGUACCCUGUGCAGUAUAAAUGUUAUACUUCAUUAGGGAUUAACUAUUGAGUGUCUCUUCUGCAAAGAGGAAUACAAGGAAAUGUCUUUUAAAAAAGUUCACAUAAUGCAUAGGGAGAUGACUAUUCAAGACAGGCAAAAGGUAAAUUCUAAGUGAUUAGUAUGAAAAUAAACCCUGAAAGGAUUAACAAGGAAAAAUCACUUGUCCCUGCUGGUAGUUAGGGGAGGUUUCACUGAAGAGGUGAGAUCUCAACUGGGCAUUGAAGGGUUGGAAAGGUUUGCAUAAACAAUGAGGUAGGACAUUUCUUUUUGGGGAAUAACAGGAGCAAUGACAAGGAGCUAGAAGGCAAAUGAGGUAUGUUCAGGGAAAGUUGAGUGGUUGUUCUGAAGUAGAGGGUUGGAGUGGUAAGUGGAAAAGUAGGUUGGGGUCAGAGAUGGAGGGCCUUGAAUGCCAGGCCAAGAAGUUUGGACAUUUCAUUCUGUUAGCAGGGAUCAGUGAUGGUAUUUAGAUCGGGACAGGGCAACUGAUUAUCAUCUACAUAAUUGUAAGGACCAAAUGAGAUUUAUAUAUGACAAUGCUUUAUUAUGAUAAUUUUUACCAAUUAUAGAAUGACUUCUGGUAUGAACUAAUACAGAACUAAUACUUAGAUGUCAUCCCUCUCUUCCCCCCAUGUUUAAAACCAUUUGGAGACUAAAGCUUCAUCAAUACAUUUCAGUGAGGUAGGUGACAUAGACUUGAUUUAUGGAUGAGAAACUAAGGUCUGAGCCUGCUAGGGACUUGCCUCCAGGCCAUUUAGUGUGUCAUAUUUCCUAUGGUAGUCAUAGAAGCUCAGACUUCUGUCUUGGUAGCCUUUUCCAUUGAGACAAUUUACUUAACUCACCACAGGUUAAAUAAACCAUGUUGCCUUGUACUGAUGCUCAAAAAGGAUUUACGUAUAUCCCAGGUUCUACUUAAAUAAAAAUCGAGAGAGAACAUAAGCAUACUUUGCUUUAUCCUAUUAAGUUUUGAGAAAUUAUAAAAUCACAUGUUGAGUGUACAAGGUGAUUUCAUUGGUGAAUCCAUUUGUAAAGGGAAGAGCCAGGAUUUAGAUAUAUCGUUUGAAACAGUUCAUGUAUGAUCUAGGUUAGAACACUGUAUUCUCUCAGUUUGUACUUUGUGAAACGAAAGAAAAAAAUGUAGCCAUAUUGAGAUAUGAAAGGAAAUAUUCUUAAAUGGCUUCUCUAUUCCAUAGUGUGGAUCACUUAAGAAUUUUUAAAGGUGAUGGUGAAGUUUUUUCAUAUGUAUUUAUAUGCUUCUAAGUAUUGAAAUCUAUUCCAGAUGGUGUAUUUUAGUUGUCUAAGAACUUUUAAUAAUGAUGACAGUGUUUUUCCACAUGUAUUUAUAGGCUGAAACUUUCCAUUGAAUAUUGUCAAUGAAAUGAUAUAUGUUUUUAGUGAUUAGCGAAUGAACGAUUCUGGAAGUUGGCUUUGCAGUUAGUUCAUAGGAUUUUGAGCUUUCAGCAUACAGCCAAAUGAAAACAUGAAUACCUAAUGAAAAAAAAUGACUUUGUUUCCAGCUGCUUCCAGAGUUCCACAUUCAUAGAAUUUGGACGAUGGUACAGUCUUUAUUAAAAUCAAGGCUACGUUUUCAAUUGUAUUCUUGUCAAACUCCUAAAAUCCAUAUAGUAUGUAUUGGGAUAGAAAACCCAAUUGUUCUUUGUUACAGCCUUUGUUAACAUGUUGCCCCAAACACACUGUACAUAUUUAAAAUGUUCUACAUUGAAAAGUUGAUACAAGCAGCUGCAUUUUAAGCCAAUAUAGAUAAUAAGCCAAUAGAAUUUCAUAGAAAUUCUCACUCUGUGUAUACUAACUGCCUAUUCACUUAGUAAUGUCUUUUCACUUUAAAGCUUUGUUUUACAUAACUCCAUUUCCUUUUGUGAUCCCAAAGUCCACAUUCCUUUAGCACAUAAAACUGAUGAGUACAGUGUUAGGAGAGAGGAAUUCUUUAUUAUACGUACCGAAUUUCUAUACUUUUUACACUGUACAUCAAAGAUAUUAUCAUGAUUUGAUCAUUAUGGAUAGUGAUUCUAUUGAUGUGGAUUACAGCCUUUCUUUGCUCAUGAAUUACUGUGGGCAAAAAAAUCAGGUGACCAGCUUUACAGUAAUAGCAUUCUGAAAAUGUAACUAGGUGGGCUCUUAGAUGAGAAACCAUAAUCCAGAUGCCUUUUCAGCUUGCCAGAUCUUAUGUUUUAUUGUCAUAACUUUUUAGAACGUAAGAUUUUUUUUUAAAUGGCAAUUUAUUUUUAUCAGGUGGGGGGCAAAUACUGAUAUCCAGGAUUUGUUCUUUUUGUUAGUGCAGCUAAAACAUUUUGGAAAUAGGCGUUUUUCUAGUAAAGGAGGCAGAAAAAUUUGUAUGAAUACAUACAGUAGAAUGUGUACUCCUCGAGAAGUUUUUGCCUUUGUUUCUGCCUUAGAUAGACUUCAAUAUAGUCUAUGUUUAAUCUAUGUUGUUGAGUCCAGGUGUCCAGGACUGUAGUUGAGUCAAUGACAGAGUCAAGUGGCACUGACUCUUGAGUCAACACACCUGGGUCCAUAUCUUCCCAUUGACACCUAUAACCUAACCUGUGUGACCUGGGUCCAAUCACUGGGCCUCCAUUUCAUCAGGUAUAAGAUUAAGGGGACGGGGCUAGAUAGCUUCUUGGAAUCCUUCUAGCUCUACAUCUAAAGCCCUUUUCAAUAGUUCAGUAGGGCAUGGUUGAAGUGUAAAGGCCUUGAUUAUUGCUCUGGAUUAUGCAUCCUGUUUGCUCCUGCCCCCAGAGGUCCUAUCUUUGUUCCUGAAGGCUCUCAUCCCUUUCUCCCACUCAUACAUUGUUCCACAUUAUUUGUAUAUGCCCAAGGCCUAUUGGAUGAAAGGCUCUUAAGCAAAGUAAUCUUAACACCUUCUCUCAACCACUCUUUCCUCUAGUUCAGCGAGUGAAUGCCUGAGCAGGAAAGGGAGCUGAUGGUUUCAGGUAAACAAGUUAACAAGUUUGGUAUCUUAAAGAUGCAAGUGAAAAACAGAAGAGAAAGGAGUCUUGGGCCUUUUAAAAUAGCCUGCAAGGCUGAACCUCACACAAUUAGACACUUUCAUUAACUAUUUUUUAAAACCCAUACCUUCUAUCUUAGGAUCCAUAUUGUAGAUCAGUUCUAAAACAGAAGAGUGUUAAGGGCUAGGAUUGGGGUUCAUUGACUUGUCCAGGGUCACACAGCUAGGAAGUGAGGUCAAAUUUGAAUGCAGGACCCCCUGAAUUCUCUAGGCCUUACUAUCCUUUGAGCCACCUCGCAGUCCCAGUUUCAGGAACUUUUGUGACAAAGAUGCUGCAAAGUAGUGUUCUUCAUCCAUAUCACUCUUUGGUCAUGAGCAAGAGGUAAUCUUCCUUUCCUCCCCUUGCCUUUCAAAAGUCCCAGACUACAGAUGCCCCCCCUCCUCAACCAUGUUCUUUCCUCUUACCAUAACCAUUUAUCUUGUCGUUAUUUCUGUUUGUCCCACUGAGAUUGUAAACUUAAGGGAAGAGACCGUUGUCACACUCCCCUCUAGCACUGACCAGAGAGGAUGCUUAAUACAGGUUGCUAGAAUGGAUGGAUGGGGAUUGCUCUUCUCUGGAUUUGGUGGGUGGAUUCAUGCUAAUUGAACUCUAGCCUUUUACAAACCUUCAAAGUCUUUCAUAAAGGUUUUUGAGGAAUCAAAAUUUGAGACUGAAUUAAUCAAUUUGUGUGUGUUUUUUUGGCAAGAAUUUUCAAAAAUGUGUUAUGUCAGAAGUCUAGGAAAUAGCCUUGUGUUAUUGAAGCUUGAAAACCAUUAAUAGAUACUCUGUUACCAGCAAGAACUGAUUUUUGUGUUCUAAUUUUCUGUAAAAAUCAUGUGUAGUUAAUACUCAUUUUGCUUAGUGUAGUGGUCAUCUACAAUGAAAUAAAAUUUCUUCCAGAAAUAUA